UGGAAUCUACCACAUUUCCACUCUUGACAUACUAAAAAUUCUCAACCAGCAUCACCUACCCACGCAUUCCCCACCCCACUGCGAAUACCCACCAUGACAUCACUCGACCCCUCCCACAACCCCCUCAGCCAAAAAGCCCAAGCAGUCUACGAUCCUGCCCACUCCUCGCCAUUCCCCGACAACCUCCCCCAGCCAUCAAGACAUGGUCACGAUAAGGCCAAGCGAGAGGGGAAGAGAAGAGUGACUAGACAGAUGCCUCCCCUGCCGGAUCUGAGGUUUGAGCAGUCUUACUUGCUCUCGAUCAGGCCUUUCCUCAAACCCUCCCCUCGGACGGAAUCAGGGAGAGAAGACAAGAAGUCUGAGAAGCCUUCGGGGGCUGCGGCAGCUCAGAGUACUGAUCGUGAUGAGGUCUUCCACUGGGGCAGGGAGGUGGACGUGGAUUGGCAGAAAGUUGCUUGGGUCACUAUUCGAGACCAGCUUUUCGCGCCUCUGAUCCAGGGCGCCGUCUGGGGCUGGGCUUCGGUACUUCUUGCCGCCACAGGAGUUGCUCUGCGCGCUUCCUUGUACCCUGCAAGCCAUGUUCGACAAGGAAGAGUCACCGGUGGACCCGGGGGAUCUAUAAAGAGUGCUGGCGGAGGGGACGCUAUCGCUGGUAGCUGGUGGAAGAACUGGGUAGGCAGUUUCUUUGGUGGAGCCGAGACGAAUGCUGUCAUCUAGAUGGAUGAUGAAAAUAAUUCAUUGCGACUCGAGAAGGCUAUAUUUACAGGAUUGAAGAGCAAUAACUGUAUACGAAAAAUCAUCUGUGGCAUCUCCAGUCAUGAUCUGAUCAGUAGAAGACACUGUCAACUGGGCUUUGGAGAUGGCAUGUUCGCUCACCAGUCAAGAUAAAUUAGCAAUCAAUUCGGCGUUGUACCGAUGAUAAGAGCAGUCUGCAUGAGACAUGCCUAUGAGCUGCUGAGAAAUCGUAUAGGUUUGUCAUUCUCGAGUAAGGGAGUGCGAUGCCUGAACAUGGCGUGGAAUUGAGGCCGCUCGUAUGCUCACUGAUGCAGGCGCGAUGAAGACGUC